CCGACGUCAUUCAAAGCAAAAUGGCGGCGCGCAUUAGUGGGACUGUCAAGCGACUCUUUCCACAGGACAGUGGUUGGCUUCUGCCCGCAGCCCAGUUAUAUACCAAAGGAUGGCGUCACCACCAUGACACCACAGGUUCCUCGCUGCCUUAUGUACCCCGCAGAGCCGUGCUCUACUGCCCCGGCAAUGAUGAGCGGAAACUGAGGAAGCUGGCCACCCUGGAUGUCGACUGUGCCGUCUUGGACUGUGAGGAUGGUGUUGCCCUCAGCAAAAAGACAGAGGCCAGAGAAACCAUUCCCAGGAUGCUGAAAGAACUGAACCUGGGCCGGACAGAGAAAUGUGUGAGGGUGAACUCUGUGUCCAGUGGCUUAGCAGAAGCUGACCUAGAGGUCAUUUUUGGGGCUGAGGUUCUCCCACCAACCAUAAUGUUGCCUAAAGUGGAGGAUACUCAAGAAGUCCAGUGGUUCGUUGACAGGUUUCAGCACAGCUUGAAAGGACGGCCGCUGACGGAGCCUGUUCGCCUGGUGACCUUUGUGGAAACUGCUGUGGGACUGCUCAACUUUAAGGAGGUUUGCGAGGAAAUCCAUCGACUCACACCCAAGGCCUGCCUCCAUCACGACGGCGUGGUGUUCGGCUCUGAUGAUUUUUGCGCAAGCAUAGGCGCCACACGGACCCAAGAUGCCAAGGAGCUGCUCUACGCUAGGCAGAAAGUGGUCACCACCGCCAAGGCUUUUGGGCUGCAGGCAAUCGACCUGGUGUACAUUGACUACAAAGAUGUGGAGGGGCUAAGGCAACAAGCCCGAGAGGGAGCUCUCAUGGGCUUCACAGGUAAACAGGUCAUCCACCCCAGCCAGGUCCAUGCUGUGCAGGAGGAGUUCUCUCCAAGUCAGCAGAGGAUCCAGUGGGCUACAGAGCUCAUUGCUGCAUUUGAACAGCACCAGAAGGACGGAAAGGGUGCAUUCACUUUCCACGGAAGUAUGAUUGACAUGCCCUCGCUCAAGCAAGCGAAGAACAUCAUUUCACUCUCUGCCGCCAUGCCACAGAUACAAGGAGGAAGCGAGUGAAGGUGGAGUUGGUGCUGGGGGUAGGGAGGGUGAGUGGUCUUCUCUUCCCAGAUCAGGACUACCUGACAGCAAAAGGACAGUGUUGUUUUAAUCCAAAAGAAGAUAUGAAAUGAGCCAUCAUGCAGUGGACGUUGUGGAUGAAAUCUGCCGCCUAUAAUUUGAGAAUUGCCGCCCUCUGGUUCCGCCGGGUGCACGGAUCAUCAUGCUGUUAUGUCGUACCCACACCUCCGGCCCUCGACGAGGUCAACAAGAAAGCAUCUUGAUGUUCCCUAAAAGGGUAAACAAACACAAUUUUGAUUUGCAGGGGAUCUAUUCACCGAGGGCCCCCAAUUGGUCCCCCCACCUUUUUCCCCUCCCUGUUCUUUGCUCGGGGGGCCAGCUCACAAACACGGAACUGCUUGAAAUCACCAUUUAGCUUCUAUGUGUCGGUCCCUUUAGCAAAAGUCAUGCAGCUCCUUGCGGGUGCUACCUGCAGGUGUAACUGUGGAGAAAUAUAAUAAAAGCUGCCUGAUCUCUCAUUUAAGGUGAAGCCACUUUAUUCCAAGCGGGCAUCUCUUACAGUACUUGGGUCCCAGCAGUGGUGCACGUCCUACUAUCACGGUACAAUGUGUCGGUGUGGAACGGAGCACAGGCAGCCAAAGCAAUGUUGCCCCAGCAGACACGGUUCGAGUCUUUUGUCUUCUCUUGACGGCAGGCUUGGUAGGAUAAUUGGGGGGGUGUCGCUAAUGCUUGGUAGUGCCAUUGGUGACCAUGGUAAUGAAAGGCGCCGUACCUCCCUUUUACACCCCACCUCGUCCACCCAUCUUCCCCUCUCUUUCUUGACACUGUAUGAUGUAUUGUGUCUGCACACAGAUCCGGGUCUGCGCCAGGACCGGACCAGACACACACACCGAAAAAAAAAAAAAAAAACAGUGGCCAAACCAAAGGCCCGACAGUAAGCCGUCUGUCUGGCAUUUGGCCACAUUUCUCCUCCCGCUCCACUUUUUUCCCCACUAUUCACAAGCUGCGUGUUUGUUUGUUUUCACCCAACUGUUGCCGAGGUCGGCGGACAAAACGCUUACGACUAUUUAUUGCUUUCAUUAAGUGAAUACACACAUACACACACAGCUAUGCCUGCAACUUCAAGCCGCUGUUGUUGUUAAUAUAGCUGUAAAAAAUAUUUUGAACAAUAAGUUAUGUAAGUUGAAUGAAUAGAGACAUGUCAUUUUAUUUUAUAUGUCUAAAUAAUUAAUUGUAUAAUGGCAAAUGUAUGUGUGUGGGGAGGGGGGGGUGCUGGUGUUGCGAUAUGUGGCACUUUUUGGUCAUUUUCAGCUCAGCUUGUGCGCCGUGUCUGCAGAAUGUGUUGCACAGGUUUUUGCCAUGUUUCUUGCACCCAUGGAGUUCAUCACAUACGGGGUGGGGAGUGUACUGGCAGGCACAGGAAAAUUGUUUUCUUUUUUUUUUUUUAAAUACUUUUUUGUGUGUAGUUGUUGGAAGACACGGGUCUCCUCAAUGUUGUACAGAUUUUGCCUUUUUUCAUUCCCCGUGGAGGGGAUCAUUUGAGAAAAAGAAAUUAUUCCAGUUUGAACUUUUUUAUGCUAAUUCCCAAUAAAUAUGCAUGAAAAUUUGACUCCACACUGACACUUUUAAUGUUCUUAAUGUUUCAGAGACUGUUGAAGUGCGAAUUUAGUAGGCAUUUUUUUUCAGUACAUUUUGUUGGUUAUUUAAAAAAAAAAAUAGGAGAAGAUCGUUACUUUUUCUUACAAAAAUGUCAUUUUUGUUGCAUUUCUUUCAUGUUUCUUUCUUAAGUGUGUUGCACAGGUUUAGGAAUUUUUGUUUUCCCCCUCCCAUGGAGUUCGUCAAUGCAGGGUCUGCGUAAUAAAAGCCUGGGGGCUGGUGCAGAGGGAAAUUGUGCCGAGCUUAACUUUUUUGUAUGAUUUCUUACAAAUACAUCUGAGUUUUAUUUAAAAAUGACAUUUUGUUUUACUUAAAUGCAUGGGAUAUUUUGUUGCAAAUGAGAGCAUUUAGCAUAAUAGCGUUUAGCAUAAUAUCAGUUCACAGUUUUUAUGUAAUGUUUUGCACAGGUGUUUUUUUUUCAGCCUCCAAUGAAGUUAAUCACUUAUGAUGCGGUGUGCACACACAGACACAGUCACACUCAUGUUGUUACUGGGAAUGUAACAAAGGGAUUAAUAUUUUGUAGGAUUUUCUACUAAAUCCCCCCGAAGUUUUGUCAGGUUUCAAUUUUUUUUAUUUCCAGUGUAUUUUUACUGUAUUACAAACUAAACUUAAAGCCUUCUCAGUUAUAACAUUCAUUCAGUAGCAUAACUUUCCAAAAAAUUUUGGGGGGAGGUUUUUUUUUUUUAAAUAAAUAUAUAUAUGAACUAUUGCAAUGUAUGGCUUUUUCAAAAUGCAAAAUGUGUCCUUUUUGUGGCCUUUUCUUGCAAAACAUUUCAUUUUCAGUGCUACAAGAUGACCAUUUUUGUGGAAUAUGUUGCGCCCAACACAGACAUCCAC